AUGAGAACCAUUACCUUAAAGUGUAUCAUUUUCAUGACAUUAAUUUUCUGCGGUGCUAAAUUAAUUGAAUCAGCCGCGCCGAAAAUAAUCAGACACUAUGGCGAUAAUGUCGUCGUAUGCGAUCAAAAAGUAGGCAUAUAUUGGGAACAAGUCUUGGGGGGCUACAAAUUUACCAUCAUCAAUCCAAAUUGUCACAAGGGACAAUGCGGAAGGUUGUCAUGUUAUAAUGUACAUGUCAACUUUUACGUUUAUCAACCAACAGGAAAUAAAAAUGAAAACAAACAAUGGGGAAUUUUAUAUGAUUUUCAUAUAUUCAGAUACAAAAAUGGCAACAGAGAAUGUUUGUACAUUUGGGAAAGCAAAUUCAAAAAGGAUUUUGAUUCUUGUGGAAACAUUGUUGAUACAAUUAGUCAAUCCUAUCAAUUUUUGAAAACUUUUAGUAGGAUUGCAAGUCUACUAGUGGAAGAUACCGUUGAAGGUGCAGAAAUAAGUGGAGCCGUAGCAGAUGUCAUAGAAGUAGCUAUGGUUGCAGUUAUAGUAGUAUAA